GUUGCCCAAGGCUGAACAUGGCGGCCGCCUGGUCCCUGCGCUGGGUCCUGGGCCGAACUGGAGCCUGGCUGCUCCCGCCACCCGCGCGCUUCCCGUGCCGGACUCUGCACAAGCAGGUAGACGGGACCGAGUUCCAGAGCAUCUACAGCCUGGACAAGCUCUACCCCGCGUCCAAGGGCGCGGACACCGCCUGGAGGGUCCCGGAUGAUGCAAAGCAAGCCAGCAAUGACAUACCGUUAGAUCGCUUGACAAUAUCUUACAGUCGGAGUAGUGGUCCCGGUGGGCAGAACGUGAACAAAGUGAAUUCCAAGGCUGAAGUCAGGUUCCAUUUGGCCACAGCUGACUGGAUCGCGGAGCCUGUGAGGCAGAAGAUUGCGCUCAGGCAUAAAAAUAAGAUCAACAGGGCAGGAGAGUUGAUACUCACCUCCGAAAGCAGCCGCUACCAGUUCCGUAACCUGGCAGAUUGCCUGCAGAAAAUUCGAGAUAUGAUCGCAGAGGCCAGCCAGAUACCCAAGGAGCCAUCCAAAGAAGAUGCUCAACUUCAGAGAAUCAGGAUAGAAAACAUGAAUCGGGAAAGGCUGAGACAAAAGAGAAUAAACUCUGCCAUAAAGACAAGCCGGAGGGUAGAUAUGGACUGAAAUCACCCUGUGCAUCCACUCCCCAGGGCAUCGGGCAGCUGCAGCUGAGAGACCCGAAACACCAUGAGGAUAUUUUGUUUUUGUUUUUGCAGUUAAUGCCUGUUUGUAACAUUGGAACCGUUAAGAGAAUAUUCAUUUGGAAUGAGGGCUUCAGGCACUAGUUGCAAGUCUUCAUAAACCAUCACCAUGUUGUUAAACCAUAGUUACCCAUUGAAUGUGUUAUUAGCUGCAAUAAACUUCUUUUUUUGGCGGCAGGGAGGUACUGGGAAUUGAACCAAGGGGCACUUAACCACUGAGCCACAUCCACAGCCCCUUUUUGUAUUUUAUUAGAGACAGGAUCUUGGUGCAUUGCUUAGGGCCUCACUAAGUUGCUGAGGCUGGCUUUGAAUUCACAAUCCUCCCGCCUCAGCCUCUCAAGCUGAUGGGAUCACAGGAGUGUGUCACCAUGCCCAGCUUGCAAUAAACUUCUUAAGCUCA